GUCCGCAAAAUCAUUCCAUAUUAGUAUCACACAUGUAUCCAAUCUUGUAAGCAGUCAUUCAGCCUAUUUAAACGGAGAAAAGUAGUCACUGUGCUGUUUGGAAUCAUUGUGUGCACCACACUGAACAUGGACCAGAGAAAGCAAGGAUAGAGUUGUCUGAGGGGCUCAGAAAGAAAAUAAUAGACAAGCAUGGUAAAGGCUACAAGACCAUCUCCAAGCAGCUAGAUGUUCCUGUGACAACAGUUGCAAAUAUUAUUAAGAAGUUUAAGGUCCAUGGAAUUGCCAACCUCCCUGGGCCCGGCCGCAAGAGGAAACUCAGAUUGAACAGAAGGAUAGUGAGAAUGGUAGAAAAAGAACCAAGGAUAACUUCCAAAGAGAUACAAGCUGAACUCCAAGGUGAACGCACGUCAGUUUCUGAUCGCACCCUCCGUCGCUUUUUGAGCAAAGUGGGCUCCAUGAAAGAAGACCCAAGAGGACUCCACUUUUGAAAGAAAAACAUAAAAAAGCCAGACUGGAAUUUGCUCAAAUUCAUAUUGACAAGCCACAAUCCUUCUGGGACUAUGUUCACAGACGAAAAAAUCAAGCUUUCAAAGAAGUGAACACCAUACCUACAGUGAAACAUGGAGGAGGCUCGGUUAUGUUUUGGGGCUGCUUUGCUGCAUCUGGCACAGGGUACCUUGAAUCUGUGCAGGGCACAAUGAAAUCUCAAGACUAUCAAGGCAUUCUGGAGCGAAACAUACUGCCCAGUGUCAGAAAGCUCUGUCUCAGUCGCAGGUCAUGGGUCCUCCAACAGGAUAAUGAUCCAAAACACACAGCUAAAAUCACCCAAGAAUGGAUAAGAACAAAACAUUGGACUAUUCUGAAGUGGCCUUCUAUGAGUCCUGAUCUGAAUCCUAACGAACAUCUAUGGAAAGAGCUGAAACUUGCAGUCUGGAGAAGGCGCCCAUCAAACCUGAGACAACUAGAGCAGUUUGCUCAGGAAAAGUGGGCCAAACUACCUGUUAACAGGUGCAGAAGUUUCAUUGAGCUACAGAAAACGUUUGCUUGCACUGAAUGCCACUAAAGGUUGUGCAACAAAAUAUUAGGUUAAGGAGUCCCAUCAUCCCAUGACAUUUUCAGUUGUUUUAUUAUUUACAAUAUUAUGUUGAAUAAAAAAAUCAAAAGCAAAGUCUGAUUUCUAUUAAAUAUGGAAUAAACAUUGAUGUAUGUCAAUUACUUUUGUCAGUUUCAAGUUAUUUCAGAGAAAAUUGUGCAUUCUUUGUUUUUUGUGGAGGGGUACCAACAAAUUUGAGCACGUCUGUACAUAGUUACAUCGGACUGAUCUUGUACUGUACAUAUACAAUCGAUAAUCCAGAUUGUCCAUCAGAUUUUAGCAAAAUAAAAAAGCAAAAAAAGUUUUUAAACAAAAAAAAGUCGAAUUCAACCGCAAUAAAGUUUUCCAUAGAGUGAAAUUAUUUAACUGUCAGAAAGGUUUUGCUUUCAUUUCCUACUGUAACAUAUUGCUGACAAGGAUACAAAGAGCCUAAAUAAUCUGGUGACUUUUUUGCCUUCCACUCACACACUGAAGUAGAUCUAGACCAGGAAAUGUCCAUCACAUGUCUAAAAAUGACCAAGCAGUAUUUAGACAAAGCAUAUGACUAGCAUCACCAGAGUUAUACAGUAUAUCACAGAAGUGAGUACACCCCUCACAUUUUUGUAAAUAUUUUAUUAUAUCUUUUCAUGUGACAACACUGAAGAAAUGACACUUUGCUACAGUAUGAAGUAGUGAGUGUACAGCUUGUAUAACGGUGUAAAUUUGCUGUCCUCUCAAAAUAACUCAACACACAGCCAUUAAUGUCUAAACCGCUGACAACAAAAGUGAGUACACCCCUAAGUGAAAAUGUCCAAAUUGGGCCUUAUUAGCCAUUUUCCCUCCCCGGUGUCAUGUGAUUCAUUAGUGUUACAAGGUCUCAGGUGUAAAUGGGGAGCAGUUGUGUUAAAUUUGGUGUUAUUGCUCUCACUCUCUCAUACUGGUCACUGGAAGUUCAACAUGGCACCUCAUGGCAAAGAACUCUCUGAGGAUCUGAAAAAAAGAAUUGUUGCUCUACGUAAAGAUGGCCUAGGCUAUAAGAAGAUUGCCAAGACCCUGAAACUGAGCUGCAGCACGGUGGCCAAGACCAUACAGAGGUUUAACAGGACAGGUUCCACUCAGAACAGGCCUCGCCAUGGUCGACCAAAGAAGUUGAGUGCAUGUGCUCAGCAUCAUAUACGUCUAUUUCCCAAAGACAACCUCUGGAUGAGUGCUGCCAGCAUUGCUGCAGAGGUUGAAGGCGUGGGGGGUCAGCCUUUCAGCGCUCAGACCAUACGCCGCACACUGCAUCAAAUUGGUCUGCAUGGCUGUCGUCCCAGAAGGAAGCCUCUUCUAAAGAUGAUGCACAAGAAAGCCUGCAAACAGUUUGCUGAAGACAAGCAGACUAAGGACAUGGAUUACUGGAACCAUGUCCUGUGGUCUGAUGAGACCAAGAUAAACUUAUUUGGUUCAGAUGGUGUCAAGCAUGUGUGGCGGCAACCAGGUGAAGAGUACAAAGACAAGUGUGUCUUGCCUACAGUCAAGCAUGGUGGUGGGAGUGUCAUGGGAGCUACAGUUCAUUGAGGGAACCAUGAAUGCCAACAUGUACUGUGACAUACUGAAGCAGAGCAUGAUCCCCUCCCUUCAGAGACUGGGCCGCAGGGCAGUAUUCCAACAUGAUAACUACCCCAAAAGAAGCUGAGGGUAAAGGUGAUGGACUGGCCAAGCAUGUCUCCAGAUCUAAACCCUAUUGAGCAUCUGUGGGGCAUCCUCAAACGGAAGGUGGAGGAGCGCAAGGUCUCUAACAUCCACCAGCUCCGUGAUGUCGUCAUGGAGGAGCGGAAGAGGACUCCAGGGGCAACCUGUGAAGCUCUGGUGAAAUCCUUACCCAAGAGGGUUAAGGCAGUGCUGGAAAAUAAUGGUGGCCACACAAAAUAUUGACACUUUGGGCCCAAUUUGGACAUUUUCACUUAGGGGUGU